AUGGUCAACCAAAGCUCCCCAGUGGGCUUCCUCCUUCUGGGCUUCUCUGAAUACCCAGGACUUGAAAGAAUGCUCUUCAUGGUUGUCUUAGCUUCCUACCUCCUGACUCUGGUGGGCAACACACUCAUCAUCCUGCUGUCUGUGCUGGACCCUAGGCUCCACUCUCCUAUGUACUUUUUCCUCUCCAACCUCUCCUUCUUGGACCUCUGCUUCACCACAAGUUUUGUCCCCCAGAUGCUGGUCAACCUCUGGGCCCCAAAGAAGACCAUCAGCUUCCUUGGCUGCUCUGUCCAGCUCUUCAUCUUCAUGUCUUUGGGAACCGCUGAGUGCAUCCUCCUGACAGUGAUGGCCUUUGACCGCUACGUGGCUGUCUGCCAGCCCCUCCACUAUGCAACCAUCAUCCACCCCCACCUGUGCCAGCAGCUGGUGGCUGUAGCCUGGGUUAUGGGUCUUGUCCAAUCAAUAGUACAGACACCACCCACCCUCCACCUGCCCUUUUGCCCCCACCGGAAGAUAGAUGACUUUUUAUGUGAAGUCCCUUCUCUAAUUAGACUAUCCUGUGGAGAUACCACCUUUAAUGAAAUCCAGUUAGCUGUGUCCAGUGUCAUUAUUGUGGUUGUGCCCCUAAGCCUCAUCCUUGUCUCUUACUGUGCCAUUGCCCGUGCAGUACUAAGGAUUAAUUCUGCAAAAGGGAGGAAGAAGACUUUUGGGACCUGCUCCUCCCAUCUCAUGGUUGUCACUAUCUUCUACAGUUCAGUCAUUGCUGUCUACCUCCAGCCUAAAAAUCCCUAUGCCCAGAAGAGAGGCAAGUUCUUUGGUCUCUUCUAUGCAGUAGGAACUCCUUCACUUAACCCUCUCAUAUACACCCUGAGGAACAAGGAAGUAAAGAGGGCAUUCAGGAGGUUGCUGGGGAAGGAUGAGGACUCCAGAGAGAGCUGA